UACUAUCUGAUUUUGUGUUUUUAAAUAACCUAUUAAUAAUAAAUAUUAUUGUUUUAACCGGUUUGUUUAAUAGGGGAUGCGCGGGAACCGCGAGGUUAAAAGUGCGCGAGAAGGAUCUGUCAAGCAACCGACAUCUGGACUCGUUUUCUCAGCCUUUAUAUUCACGUUACAAAAUUAAAAUACUUAUUAUUUGAAACAAAACUGACCUUAAAAUGAGUGUGAUACUUGAGUCAUCGUUCAACGUUGAGGACUUUUCAAAACCAUCAAAAUUCCCUGUUUGUCGAACAGAGCUGAAACCAGAGGAGGUGCUUGUCAAACUCAAGAAGUUGCAGCAAGCCCACAAGGACCUUGAAGAUGAAGUUAAGGAAACCAUACUCCUCAGAAAUAUUAUGCAGCAAGAGGAUGACAUCUUAAAUGCUGAAGCCCUACAGCUGGAGGGAACACUGAACGAAAAGGAAGAGUUAAAUAGAUCUCUGCAGCUCAAAUGUGAAGACCUCAAGCAAGAGACACAAAGGCAGCUUGAGCAGAACCAUCAGAAAGACGAGCUGGUGAAGCAAUACUGCUUUCAAAUACAGGAAACCAAACUAAAACACAGAAAACUUCGGAUGAUGUUUGAAAAUCAGCUUCAGCAGUUGAUGGAGCAGCACAAAAACCUGUCCACUGUCUUUACUCCUCAGACACUUCCAGCUGAGAUACAAUCUGCAGAGUAUGCAACUGAGCAACUGCUGAAGGCUGAGCAACAGAAGCAUGAGCAGUUGGCUGAGCUGCAGGACAGGUUAAACCACUACCAGACUUCAAAGAUGCAAAUGGAUACGUGUGACAAGACAACCUGAAUAGCUCAUCUGCGUUUUGCAUUUCUGCGUGAGCAUCACUUCAGUCAGUUCAUGCCUUAUUUCAUCAAAUACUAAUGUUAUACAGCUUUACAGCAAAUCUUUAGAUAAUCCGUUCUGUUCGAUUCUAUUCUUCUUUUAACCUUGUGUUGUAACAUCUUUUUUUGUGUGUGUGUGAAAAAUGAUAGUUAAAACCCAUUAUUUCCCAUAGCUAGAAUUGAAAAAGUUUCUUAUCUAUUUAUUAACAAUUGACAUGAGAAUAAAAAAUUGUAAACAUG